AUGUCUUCCGAUUCUCGCGUGUGGUUGAUCACUGGUACCUCCUCCGGCCUGGGUCUCCACCUUGCCAAGGGCGUCCUCGAAGCAGGCGAGCGCGUCGUCGCCACUGCGCGCAACCCCGCCAAGUCGGCAGGGCUGACCGAGCUGCGGGAGAAAUAUCCGGAAUCGCAGCUCCUGCUGGUGGCGUUGGACGUGACGAAGCCCGAGCAGAUCAAGGAUGCUUUUGCGAAGACGAAGGAGCGCUUUGGGCGCCUUGACGUGGUUGUCAAUAACGCGGGGUACGCGGUGAGCGCCGAAAUUGAGGCGACACCGGACGAUGUGGCGCGCGAUCAGUUCGAGACGUUGUUUUGGGGACCGGUAAAUGUGUCGAAGGAGGCACUGCAGUUUUUCAAGACUGUCAACCCUCCCGGACACGGCGGGCGCAUACUCAACGUUUCCUCCAUCGGCGGCUAUAGCGCAAACCCGACGCUCGCAUACUACAAUGCGGGCAAGUUCGCCCUCGAAGGCUUCACCGAGGCCUUCACGAACGAGAUGCCACCCGAAUGGAACAUCAAGGCCGUCAUCCUCGAGCCUGGCGGCUUUCCCACCACCUGGAACGACGACACCUCGAUCCCGCCGCACCCCGACUACCCGCCCACCGCGCCCUCGAACGUCUUCCGCGCGAUGCGCAAGACGUACACGCCCAUCGGAGACCUCGACAAGGCGGCGAAUGCCAUCAUUCGCGUGUCAAGGGAGGCACGACCGCCGCUGAGGGUGCAGCUCGGAAGCGACGCGUACGGAAUCUUCACGCAUGUGGCGGCGAAGUCGUUGAGGGAUGCGGAGCGGUGGGAAGAUCUGGCGCAUAGUACGAACCAAGAUGGGAUCGACGGGCAGGAGGUGCUGAGGAUGUUGAGGCCGGUGUUGGCGAAGGGAGAUGAUUGAGCGAAGGGAGAUGAUUGAAUUACAGAUGUAUGAAAGGAAGCUGGAAUAUGUGUACAACCGAAUUUACUCAUUGCGCUCAUGCGUAAGAUUCACAAAAAGACCUUCCCCGCCUUCACUAUACGGGUCCAG